AUGACUAAACGACGGACUCGUGAAGACGACGACUUUGCGCUAAUCCCGCCGCCGUCAGCCCCGAUAGCAACGAUCAAGUCAACAUCACAUCGCUCAAUUGACGCCGACUACCCUUCUACUCAAUCACUAGCGCCGGCUUCGUCUCCCCACCAACCAUGCGUUACGGCCUCCACCUCUCGCCAUCCAUCUUUCGGAAGGUUCAGUUCUGCAGGCCCCAGAGGCCGAAAUGCACUUGACAGUAUAGGGUAUGCUCCUGAAAAUAUCCCCACGCCACGGACGACUCGACCGUCUUCUGCUGUUGGAAUUACCAAAAAGCGCCAAAGAGGCUUGAAGUUGUUACCGACAGCCAGCACAUCGCCCAUUCGUCCCAAGCUACCUUUACUUACUCCGGAGCCUCCCAAACAUGCUUCCACAUCUUCGAAGUGUGAUGAAGAACCUGACGACCACGAAUAUAUAGUCGAUAGCUCGGAUGACGAAGGGCCUGUUCCAUUUAAUUUACAGCCGAAAAGUCUACCAAGGUCAUCGAAGAUUGCACGUAUCAGUCAAAACAUCCCAUCAACACAUCCCAGUGACGACCGCACAGUUGCCCGGCCCAGUGCUAUUUCAUCUCCCUCGCGCCUCGAUUCUGGUGCCGUUGCCUCGUCCUCUCGUCUUCCUAUAGGUGCGACCCCAGCACGUCGCAAAUACAUUGCUCCACGCCUUGGGAUCACCCCCGCGCGUCCGGUUGCCACCUCGUCUCGACCUACUACCACCCCAGCACGUCUGACCAGGGUGGAGACUCCCAUCGAUCCUACGCCUAUACCACUCAAUCUCGUACCCGCAGCUCAAACCCCGCGCCAAGUGAACUCCCCGUUCCUCCCACCUGCAAAUACACCUGGCUCUCGAUCCCAUUCGUCAGGAUCUUCCAUUUCUUAUCGCCCGCUCGCAGUUCAUCUGGAAUCGGGUCGAUUAUUCCAGGUCAAUCUUGCCUCCUCGUCCAUUAGGCCCAAACCUCUGUCUUCACUUGUUGAACUCGCUGCAGGAACCAAACGCGGCCCAGGUUCUAAAUCAAGGUCUCCGUCUACGGGUCCCAAACGGCCCCGAAUAUCGGCUCCGAGUCCCCCUAUAGCCGAGGAUAUUAUUGUCGUUUCGAGUUCAGAUGAUGACAUAAUGUAUGAAAAGGGGCCGAGUGCGGAUGGACCAGAAGGCAGAGACGAACGAGCAGACGGGGAACAGGAAAGGGAGGAAAUGGAAGGGGUGCGAGAGAGGAGGCCACCGUCGCCGAGCCCGUCGCUGGGCGAUUACAGGCCCACUCCAUCGGAUUCGAGGUCACGAUCGCACUCUGCCUCGUCCGAUGUAAUAUUGAUUGGAUCUCGGCCCCAUAGUGCAUCUGAGCGACGUUCGAAUCGAAAGGCCUCACUGGACUCGAACCAAGAGGCGCAGAGUCAUGGUCCUGGCAAAGUCGUAACCAAGCCGACUGCAACUUCCCCUUCUGGAGAGGCGCCUGGAAUACCCCCUCCUACCAAGGGCGCACCUCCGUCCACACCUCGCAGUCACCGUUCGUCGUCCAGCGAACAGCCCCGAAUUUCUCGGAAACGUGCGGUGCGGCGAGUGGAGAGCAUCGAGGACUCGGAGCCUACUACUAAUGAGACUGGAACUGGUCGUAGAACUAAAAGGGGCGCUCAGGUACCCGAGCCGUCACCUUCGCCUGAGGAAGGAGACGCUUUGUCUUCGUUGAGAAAGCGGGCGGAGGCUUCCUCUUCUCGGCUUUCGGGCCCUCUACCUGAGCGAAUGGAACGAGCCACUCUUUCGCCCAAGAAAUCUUCUCCGCCUGUGAAUUUAGGUUCGCCUCCCCCUUCCCCUCACUGGACCGGAAACCCUCUAUUUCGACCAGCCACGACGUCCGUGUCUAGUCUAACCGUAUCAUCAAAGGAUCGUCUACUUCGCAAAACACUCCCAGAAACGGCUACGAGCCGGUCCCGACUUGGUGAGACGGAACUACCCCCGCCUCGCGAUGUUGAGCGUCACCCACCCCACGAUACUGCCCAACCACCCAGCCCCGGGCCAACCGAAACUCACGAUGAUGACCCUCUUCAGUCGAUGUAUGAUGAGCCCAUUUGUCAACUGCCUCAGUACCGGGUCGUUAGACCGUCGCAUGCCGCUCCUUCCUCCCCCGAACGGCCUAUCCGUCAAUCUAUGGCACCCUCGUAUUCCAAUUUCAGCUACAUCUCCAGUAUGCCGCCCCCAACCAUAACAUCGGUGCUCCCUGCUUCUCGCCCCGCCGUUCGUCGCCUACGUAUGGAUUGCGUUCUGCUUCCCCGUGCAUCUAAAGCUACGCGCAGGGCCUUGGAGCGUUUCGUACGGAAAGACAAGGGGAAAGGAAAAGAUCCCUCCGAGUAUCCUUCACAACAAUCGAGUGCACCCACAUCCCAAACGGGCGACCCGUCAACUCCAGGUUCGACGUCCCAGGCGCCAGCCAUCAAGUACCUCGUGAUCGACCCGCAGUUGGCUCUACCCUCGCAUUACGAGUAUUUACCCCCAGAGAUUGAGGAGAGCUCGGAAAAGUAUUGUCAUUGUUGUCGAACUCGCUCGAUAGCUGGAAGGAUCAAGAUGCGAUGCGGAAGUAUGACAACUCGGCGGAAGAAAGGUGUUCCGCAUGGAGAGGCGCAUGAGUGUGGGCUGUAUUGGUGUCAACGAUGCAUUGCCAAACACGACAUUCCAUUCAACCCACUUCUCGAAAAUUUCCAAUGUCCGCUGUGUACUGGAACCUGCGAGUGCGAUGUUUGCCGUCGUGAGCGAGGGCAAGAACCACUUGGCCGACGCGCGAUGAAAACUGUCAAGGUGAAACCCGGAAAACGGUCAUUGGACGCUUUUGUCAAGGGCAGAGUUGCGUCGGGCUCGGGUUCGAGAGUGUCAAAUCCCACAGCAGCCCCAUCCGGACCGAUUGUUGAGAUGUCUCAUUCCACUUCCGCACUACUUGAUCCACUGGAACCAUCCGAGUUAACAUCGACUCCGUUGAAUCCAGAUGCCAGGACCGAUAUCGGUCCGUCGACCACGGUUUCGGCCAGAAGAGUCUCGGCUCCCACGAUGUGGUACGGGCGACGCCCACCCCCUCACCUUUGUCAUCGCCGCGCAUCCGAGGGGCAUGCCGUUUCGACAGAAGCGCAUAUAUUCAUCCCCCGCGGUCCGAGAAGGUCGGAGUUGGCUGUCGACACGACCCUCGAACAAGUCGACGAGUCACUGGAGUACUCGGAUGGAUACGAGCCCGAAAGCGAGGGCGACGAGUUGGCGGACAAUGUCGAAUCGGCCGUGGAAGAUAGGCACCAAGUGUUUGAGGGGGAUUAUUCUGCCGUGGGGGAUGCUUCGUUGCUUGGUGCCGACUCGGGUACGUUUGAAUUGGGUAUAGAACAUGGGCCAGACAAUUCGACGCAUGACGCGGUGGACGAAAAGCUCGUGGAUAAGACGGAUGAGUUAGAGGUCCCAACCAACUCAGCUCGUGUAGUAGCUGAGGAUGGUAUGGCCGGCCCGGAAGUUGUAUCUGAGUCGGGGGGGUUGACAAUCAAAGAAGUGGUGCCUUCUAUAGCGCAUACACCAACUGGUACACCGUCUCCCGCUACAACCGAGGUCCUUAUUGGCGCUCUUGCCUACCCUCCCUCAGAUUCCGAUGGGUCUCAAGCUAAUGCGCGUACACCAGUACCACCAGCUCCCGAAGAUAUCAUUCCCAUCAACGCCGGAACUCUCGGUCCUCCCACCCUCGCCGGAGUUCUCGACGAUGCGCCUACUGCCGGCAUUCUUGGAGACGUCCCGGUUGAAGCAUCGUGCGGCGCCCUGACGGAGAUUUUCAACGAGUCAAUUCACAGCCUCGCCGAAAGCGAUAGCGCAGCCCUCGUACAUGAUUACGGCUCGGCAUCGCUCAGUCGACAAACUUCUGAAACGGACGAGUUUCCAUCGACCUCGGAAGCCGAUGAGCCGCGACUGAGAACUCCCAAUUUCGACCUAGUCCGGGCAGAAUUCAUCGGGGAUUCCAUCGAAGAACCAGAACUCAAUCCAGAACUCAACCCAGCCCUUGGCCAACUUCACCCGGAAGGCACGUUUGCCACCGUACCUUGUAUUUCGAGGGGAGAUGGCGGGGAUUACACGAUAUAUGGUUCGCUUCAAGACAUUUCGUUAUUUAAUGGUGUGACGGAUUGUUCUGACGAUACACAUGGCAUCGCUUUAUCUUCCCCCCAGAGUGAACCCGGUCCUGCUGCCUGUGGAUCCUUAUCGGAAUACUACACCCACCCUCGAUCUAUCGCUUAUUUUUAUCAUCAACUCGAGCUCGAACCGCUGGGCAUUUUCGAACUUGAAGGAUUCGAAUCAGAACUUGAACAUGAGUCGGACUUGGCGCUCGGAACCGAUCCCGAAAGCGCCAAGAGUACUACUCUCGAAACACCUUCUCCCUCACUCGAGCCUGAUACCCGUUCCAAUUUGGGGGAUAUUCGAAACCUAUUCGAUACCCACACUGACGAGCCCCGAACCAACCCUUUCAUCUUCCCUACCAAAGAGAAUCAGGCUCGCGUACGAAAGAUUUUGCAGUCCCAAUUUACUCAGAAUGUUGAACCUGACAGCCGAGCCACACGCAGUCGAACAAGAAAAUCAACGAUGGAACGGGGCAAAUUUUUGCGCUCGAAACGAUCCUAUGGUGUGGAUUCGUAA